AUUUUAAAUUACAAAGGGAGAAUAGGGUGGGUGUUUUGUUUAUAUUCCAGUCAAAUUCCUGGUGAAAUCCAUCUUUAAAUGAAAUCUAUGUUCCACAUACCUGUAAUAUUUAUCCAUGGGCACCUGCAGAUUACCACGAACAAUCAAUUGGACACAUGAACAAUUGCCAAAGAUUGGGCCCUGCCGGCCUUGCUUUGCAUUAUGCAAAUAUAGUGCUUCAAAUUGAUACUCUUGUAGCCAAAUCAACCAUGCCUGCUGCAAAUACAAAGGAUUCACUAUAUCAAAGCUUGCCUCGUAAUAUAAAAUUAGUUCUACGUUCUAAUUUACCAUCCUUUCAUGUUGCAGAAGAGCUAAGUGUAGCUGAUGUAAGAAGGGAGAUAAAGAAAACCUUACGUUGGUUGGUCCGCAUGGCCACUAACACAUCCAAAGCACAUCAUAGAUUUGGUUGGCUUGGCCAGUGGGCAAACACAAGGUACGAGGUAAACAAAAAGAGUGGUUUAAUGUGGAUUGAGACAUUCCACCAUGCAGAUAAAGACAAAGUGGAACAUUAUAUUCUUGAAAUUCUCUUAUGGUUUCAUCGCUUGGCCAAAUAACCGUUUCUUAUGUAGCUAUUGGUGGCUGAAUAACCGUCCAAAUAAAUCUUUGAUAUUAGGAAUUGUAACUUAUAUUUACACAUUUUUAUGGUCAAUUUUUCUGAUGAAACAGGACGUGAACACCAUAUCUUCCUCUUACUUUUCUUUAAGGAA